AUGCACAAGUACCUCCACGUGGCAAAAGCGGCUCCCGCAGACCUCGAUGCACGGUGCCACAGAUCCUUCAUCAAUGGGCGUGUGGCUGCCCAAGUCACGGCUAUCCGCAACCAGCUCAACCAGCAGGUUCGGAUACAUGCCAUCUGUCUGACCUUCAGUUCGUCUGGUGUCCAGUACCUGCGCAUGGUAACUGCAGUCGACCCGGAAUGGCUCAUAGACCGUGAGUUCUUCCGCGACGAAAACAUCCCUCGGAACUGGCACGGAGAUUACCGUAACCGCAAGGUCAAGGAAUCUUUCGAUCGCGCAAGAGCUGCUCAAGCUUCGAGACAAGCAUCAUAG